CGCCUCUGCUUUCGUUUCGAGUUGCCUCGUGCGUACGUAGCAGCUGAUGGCUCAUUGUCGAUUUCGAUUCGAACCCGUCGCCAUGCCAGAAAAAGGCAUCUACCUCUACUACAGUAACGAUGCACCGCAUACCGAGCCGUCCCCGGCGCCGAUCGGGCACCACCUCUUGCAUACCACGCCCGGGUCGGUCUCGUCAACCAGCACAGGUCCAAGCGGCGACCGCCGAGCGCCGCAGCCCUCUGAGCCGCUCGGUCUGCGCACCAACUUUUCAGCGCGGAAUCAGCCAGAGGGCGUUGGCACACCACCGCUAAUCUACGACGACCCGAUUCUCGAGGAGCAUGACCCCAAGCACCUCGCGGCUGGCAACUUUGACUCGCGCUCGAGCUCUGUCUUUGUCAACUCGAUCGCGGUCGUCAUUGGCGCUGCCGUCGGCAUUGGUCUCGGGCUCUUGCUGGCCAAGCUCGACGUUGGCCGUGACGUUGAGCAAUGGAUCGCGCUGCCCGGCGACCUCUUUGUGCGCGCGCUCCGGUGCCUCGUUGUGCCGCUGGUCUUUUGCUCGAUGACAGUCUCGAUCGCCGAAGUGAUUGUCCUCAACCGGACGUCGGUCUUGACGCUCCGGACCGUUUUCGUCUUCUUCCUCACGUCGUCGCUCGCGGCGGUUCAAGGCAUGAUUGUGGCUAUGGUGUUUCGAGCCUUGUACAGCGCACCCAACGCGGUUGCAGCGGCUUCGGCGUCGAGCAAUGCCGCAAUCAUCGGGCUCAAAUGCGCCAACGGGCUCUUCCUCGGCGCUGCCGAGAACGGGUCGGUCGCGUGCUUUGAGCCCAACGCGACUGGCGCAGCCUUGUAUCAGGUCAACGACAUCAACAACGUGCUCAACAUCCAAAGCAAGUUCCAGCAACUCUCGCUCACCGACCAAGUGAUUGCGAUCAUCAACUUGAUGGUGUCGGACAACAUUUUCAACUCGCUCGCCAAUGGAUCGCUCUUGAGCAUCAUCAUGUUUGCGCUGCCGCUCGGCGUCGCGGUUGCCAAGUCGCACUCGGGCGCCGCCAGUACGAACGCCUUGCUCAACCUCCUCCGCCAAAGCCGGAAUGCGCUUCUCUCGCUCAUCAACGCCGUGCUCGCCAUGACCCCGAUCGCUGUUUGCUUUCUCGUGAGCUCGUCCAUCAUGUCGUACAACUCGAACGCGUCGAGCUUUGUGUCCCAAGCCGGCUACCUCGCGCUCGCCUUUAUCAGCGGCGUCGCGUGCCACGUCUUGGUGACGCUGCCGCUCCUCCUCUUCCUCUUUACGCGCAUCAACCCGUACAACUACCUCCGGCAGCUCUUCCCGGCGUAUGUCUUUGCGUUUGGGUGCUCGUCGUCCAUGGCGACGCUCCCGGUUGCCGUCACGGUGAUUCACCAGACGCGCCAAGUCUCGCCGGGGUUUGGCCAACUGAUCAUGUGCCUGGGCACGCCCGUCAACACGAACGCGGCGGGCUUGUACUACCCGCUCAUGACGACCUUUCUUGCCAUUGCGUCGGGCAACACACUCGGAAUGCCGCAGCUCGUCGUGCUCUACUUUGUUUCGCUCUUGGGCUCGAUGGGCACAGCGCCGGUCCCAAACGCCGCGCUUGUGAUGCUCAUGACGGUCUGGAAGACAGUGUUUCCGAACGAGACACUGCCAUCAGCAUUUGUCUAUAUCGUCGCGAUCGACUUUCUCUUUGAUCGCAUUUGCACCAUGACCAAUGUCAACGGCAACAUGGUCGCCACCCGAAUCCUCGCCGCUCGUUUCGACGACACGAGCAGCUCGUGCUCGGGCGACGAAGCGGCGCAUCGAACUGAAGCCGUCACCGAAGAAGUGCCGUGAUCGUCGUCAGCAUCCUACUUGCGCGUGUGUAUUGUUGUGCUAUCUAUCCAAUACGAGUAACCCUGUCGUUGAACCUCAAGUGCAAACGCAAAGCGGCCGGUUGUCGGCAUUUGGGAAUGGC